ACUUGAAAUUCAGGACUUUGGGAAUUGUCCUUUCCAGCCUGCUGCCCAGGCUGUGGUAUGGCCUGAGACUGAACUGUGACUCCUCUGUUUCUGGCUUCCCAGACACUAGUAAUGAGGCUUCCUCGAGGCGCAGAUUAGCCCCUGGAGACCUCUACCAUGUCAGACAGUGAUCUGGGUGAAGACGAGGGCCCCCUCUCCCUGGCGGGCAAGAGGAAGCGGAGGGGGAACUUGCCCAAGGAGUCCGUGAAGAUCCUCAGGGACUGGCUGUACUUGCACCGCUACAACGCUUACCCCUCAGAGCAGGAAAAGCUGAGCCUUUCUGGACAGACCAACCUGUCCGUGCUGCAGAUAUGUAACUGGUUCAUCAAUGCCCGACGGCGGCUUCUCCCAGACAUGCUUCGGAAGGAUGGCAAAGACCCUAACCAGUUCACCAUUUCCCGCCGUGGGGGCAAGGCCUCAGACGUGGCCCUCCCCCGGGGCAGCAGCCCUUCGGUGAUGGCUGUGUCCGUCCCAGCCCCCACCAGCGUGCUCUCUCUCUCUGUGUGCCCCAUGCCCCUCCACUCGGGCCAGGGGGAGAAUCCAGCAGCUACCUUUUCACAGGGGGAGCUGGAGCCCCCCAAGUCCUUGGUGACCCCUGGAAGCACGCUCACCCUGCUCACCCGGGCAGAGGCCGGGAGCCCCACAGGUGGACUCUUCAACACGCCGCCACCCACUCCCCCAGAGCAGGACAAGGAGGACUUCAGCAGCUUCCAGUUACUGGUGGAGGUGGCGCUGCAGAGGGCCGCUGAGAUGGAGCUUCAGAAGCAGCAGGACCCGGCACUGCCCUUACUGCACCCCCCGCUCCCUCUGGUGUCUGGAACCCCCAAGUAGGCAUCUGCCACCAGGGCUGCUGGAGGCUCGAGCGAGUUGUCCUGGGUUUUCCGUUUGGGUCCCCUGUCACGCAGAGGGUUUUCUAUGCAUCACUGCCAAACAUCAGGACUGUCCAGAGGUCUUCAGCAGGAACACGCCGAGGGGCGUCACUGCACUGUGAUGGGGCCCUCUCCUCCACUGACUUCUGUCCCCUCUCCAGGCCCCUCCUCACAGGGGAGGAUCUCCUCACAGGGGAUCGGAGACGGGCAAGGUGCUGCUGCUGCUUCUCCAGAGACUCCCCGGUUCCCUUUGUGCCAGCCUGGUUCCCACGGCUGGACUCAGGAAACCCACCAAGUUCACACCGCUGCCGGUUCCGGUGGUCCCUGAGCGGGGACCUUUUUAAGUCAAGUGUGGACAUUCCAAGUUCCUAAGCGUGAACAAAAGAAAAGAACUCAGCAGGUGUAACAGAACCGACUCCAGUUGAAUGUGUGGUUUUCUCGCUAACCUCUUUCAUUCCCCUUUUGCUGUGGUCUGCCUUAAUGGAAGUAGUUAGCUCAGGUGCGGGGCAAGAGGGUUUGUUGCUGAUGGAGUCUGAUGAACUGGGAAUGAACCACCACUGGAACUCGGAUUUGUUUCCCAAGGCAGAGCAGGCUUUUAUUUUGGGACCAGCUAAAGCCCCGAAGUAGUGGGAAAAUUCCAAAUGGUGGUUCCUGUGUUGCUGGUUUGGUUUACCAAAAAAGGAAGACAACCUUAUGGCCUGUGGCUCCUCUCUCACAGCCAUGGUAGAGGGUCCUCCAGAGAAUCUGACCAAACCUCCUAGUCACAGAGCAGAGGAGGGUGAUCAAACCAGAUAGCUGGUGGUUUUUAAUUUUUGUUUUAUUAUA